AUACGUGUAAGUAAAUAAGGCUAGCGGCCUCGAGCACGAGCUUCAGCUUGAGCGCAGUUAGGCGCGCACUUAUCGGACGAGCCAGUUACGUUCUACUAAAGCAAGUUAUUUUGCUUGGGGAUCCCCUUUUCACUCUAAGACAUGCGUAAACUUAACUAAGCGCUCCGCACCUUUUUCUUUCCUAACGGCAGGGGAUAAAAAGAAACGCCCCGCGUCCUCCGGAAGACCUGAACUGACCUGGAGGCGCGCCCAACCCGUCGCCAGCGUCCCGCUGCGUGAACCUGCAGAAGCCAAAGUAAAAAAAAAAUGAUCGCACUUCAACGAUUUAAACAGACUCUACCUUCUGAGAGGUCAUUUUAAGUUUAGUGAGAAGAAGACAACCUGUCAUCCAACUUGGAAGAUCUAAAAAUGAGUUUUGAAGACUUCAGUAAGAAAUGUGUUAAACUUUUCACCAGGAGGAGAAGAACUGAUAAAGAAAUUGCUGAUCUGUCUGGUUUGACAAAGACAUUUCCUAAUGUUAUAAAAACAUUCUCUCAUGGGGAUCUCCUCAAGGUCACAGAAUACUACAAGCCCUACUUGAGCUACGUGAUUGAAUACGACAUCACAAGUAUCCUUCAGAACCUGGCAACCAAGAACAUCCUCACCAAUGCUGAGGCCAAGAGAUUCAAAGCCAAAGAAAAAUGUGAGGGUCAAGCAGGUGUGGAGUCCUUCAUCAGUGACAUAAUGAAGAUGGAAAAAGCAAUACUGGUGAGCCUGUGGGAGGCACUGGCUGAAGAACUUGUGAGAUUUCCAUCACCAAACAUGACAAAUAUACUGAAGGAGGUGACAGAAUGGGGACCAGACCUCUUGAAGGUCAUUCAGGCCAGUCUCCAGCCUUUUCCCAUUCAUACUCAUAUUAAAGGCCUCAAUGAUACACACAGAGAUGGUGUGUAUGAAUCCACAAGAACUCUGGAGGAUCAGGUUUCUCUUGGAGAUCCACGGACCAGGGCUGUGGUCUUUGAGACUCGAUACACAGAGCUGAUAGUCAUUGGUCAGUACAAAAAGACCUACAGUGAGACUCACCAUGAACUUGUGAAGAUGGGGAAGACUCAUGCAGAGCUGGUGGAAGGGAGGACAAAGGAGAAAUGUGAGCGAAUCUGGACUGAGCAAAUUUUUAGGAGGAGUCCAGGAAGUGAAACUGCCCCACAUAUUGUAGUGGUCAGUGGAGUGGCUGGAAUUGGGAAGACAACUAUGGUGCAGAAGAUCAUGUUUGAUUGGGCCAGAGGCACUCAGUACCAGAGGUUUUCAUUUGUAUUCUUGUUUAAAUUCAGGGAGCUCAACCUCUUAGACACAGAGACAGAGCCCCAGAUGCCUCUGACCAGGCUGAUUGUAAGGCACUAUAAAUAUCUCAGUGACCCGAGACUAAGAGAAAUCCUGCAGAAACCCGAGUCUCUCCUCUUUAUUCUUGAUGGUCUUGAUGAGUACAAACACAAAUUGGACUUCACACAGAGGCGGGUCUGCUCAAACCCAGAUGACUACUUUCCUGUCCACAUCCUAGUCACAAGCCUUGUCAAAAGAACAUUACUGAAGGGCUGUUCAGUCCUUAUAACGACCAGACCAACAGCCUUGGAGGCCCUGGAGAUAGAGAAAAUUGAUCGGUUUGCAGAGAUCCUGGGGUUCUUCCCUGAACAAAGGCUGAUGUACUUUAAGAAGUUCUUUGGUGAUACUGAUCAGGGCUCUGAAGCUUUUCAGUAUGUUGAGGAGAACGCCAUCCUGUACACCAUGUGCUUCAACCCCUCGUACUGCUGGAUUAUCUGUUCUGUACUGAAAAACCACUUUAUGACACCUGAAGAAGAGCGAGGAGCUGCCCCCAGAACUGUCACUGAUCUUUUUGUGAUGUUCCUACACAACAUCCUCACCAAUCACAGGCGAGAAGCCAAAGACCAGCGGGGGAUUCUGAUCAAACUAGGAAAGAUGGCUUAUUAUGGGGUGUCCAACAAGACUCUUGUGUUUUAUGACAAGCUUGAAAUGUCCACCUUUGGUCUACAACCAGUCUCAUCUUCUCAGUUCCUCUCAGGGUUCCUCAAAGAAAUCCUGCAAAGAGAGAGCACUCUGGAGCACACGACAUACACAUUCUACCACCUCACCCUGCAGGAGUUCAUAGCCGCCUGCUCCUUCUACCUUGAUCCAUCAGGGGGCAUCGGGGAGCUGCUUGUGAAGCUGGACUCAUGUAAAGAUGGCCGGUUUGAGAUUCUUACUCGAUUCCUGGCAGGACUGGCCAGGUCUUCUGUGUUUAAAAUAUUGGGGGGAAUCCUGGGAGAGUUUGAGAGAAAGACGGCAAAGUGGAUACUGCAGUGGGUUAACCAGAAGGCUGAAUUGGUGCUACAGGGUAAAGAUAAAAGUGAAGCUCUGCGAGUGUGUCAGUGGCUCUUUGAGACUCAGAAUAACAGAUUAAUUAGAGACUCCAUUGGGAAGGAUUUAAAAAUGGACUUCAGUGACAUGACUUUAUCUCCUCUGGACUGUGCUGUGCUGGGCUCUGUCAUCAGCUGCUGUGGAGAACUUGAGGAGCUUGUCCUGUCAGACACAGAGCUCACCCCAGAGUGUAUCAGUAGACUGACACCAGGACUCAUCUGCUGUAGGCAUAUCAUCCUGUCUCAUUGUCGUCUCACCUCCAGAUGUUGCUCAGCUCUCUCCUCAGCUCUUUCUUCUCCACACUCACAAUUGACUGAAUUGAACCUGAGCAACAACAAUAUGGAGGAUUCAAGAGUGGAUCAGCUGUGUGAAGGAAUUAUAAAUGAGAACUGCAAAUUACAGACACUGAAGCUGUCCGCAUGUCAUCUCCCCUCCACAUGCUGCUCAGCUCUCUCCUCAGCUCUUUCUUCUUCACACUCACAACUGCUUGAACUGGACCUGAGCGACAACAACAUGGAGGACUCAGGAGUGGCUCAGCUGUGUGAGGGACUGAGAAGUGAAAACUGCCAAUUAAAUAAACUGAGCCUGUCUCAUUGUGGUCUCGACUCUAGAUGUUGCUCAGGUCUCUCCUCAGCUCUUUCUUCUCCACACUCACAACUGACUGAACUGAACCUGAGCAACAACAACAUGGAGGAUUCAGGAGUGAAUAAGCUGUGUGAGGGGCUGAGAAGUGAAAACUGCAAAUUAGAGAAACUGAACCUGUCCUUAUGUCAUCUCACCUCCAGAUGUUGCUCAGCCCUCUCCUCAGCUCUUUCUUCUCCACACUCACAACUGACUGAACUGGACCUGAGCAACAACAACAUGGAGGAUUCAGGAGUGGAUGAGCUGUGCGGAAGACUGAGGAGUGAAAACUGCAAAUUAGAAAAACUGAGCCUGUCCUCAUGUGAUCUCUCGUCCAGAUGUUGCUCAGCUCUCUCCUCAGCUCUUUCUUCUCCACACUUACGGUUGAAAGAGCUGGACCUGAGCAAAAACAACAUGGGGGAUUUAGGAGUGGCUCAGCUGUGUGAGGGGCUGAGGAGUGAACACUGCAAAUUAAAGAAACUGAACCUGUCUGGUUGUCAUCUCACCUCUGGAAACUGCUCAGCUCUCUCCUCUGCUCUUUCUUCUCCACACUCACGACUGACUGAACUGGACCUGAGCUGGAACAACAACAUGGGGGAUUCAGGAGUGAAUCGGCUGUGUGAGGGGCUAAAGAGUGAAAACUGCAAAUUAAAGAAACUAAGGCUGUAUGAUAAUGAUAUCAGUGAGAUUCAUCCUGGGAAAAAAAUGCAAAGGCCGAUGCAGUCUGACAAGGUAGAACAUAUUCUGGAUCUAGAAAGCAUGAACCCUAUUGAAUGUUUUUGUCAGAUACAACGUUUGACACAGAAGUUUUCUAAAGUCAUUAAAGAAUUCUCUCAUGAGGACCUCCUCAUGGUCACCAAGUACUACAAACCCUACCUGGCCUAUGUGAUUGAAUAUGACAUCACUAGUAUCCUGCAGAACCUGGUCACCAGGAACCUGCUCACCAAUGAUGAGGCCAAGAAAUUCAAAGCCAAAGAAGAGCAAAAGGAGCGAGCAGGUGUGGAGUCCUUCAUCAGUGACAUAAUGAACAAAGGCAGAGUGGUGCUGGUCGGCUUGUGGGAGGCCCUGGCUGAAGAACUUGUGAGAUUUCCAUCACCAAACCUGCCAAGAAUAUUGAAGGAGGUGUCAGAGCCAGGAACGGACAUCUUGCUGGACAUUCAAGCGAGUCUCCAGCCCUAUCCCAUUAAUGAUCAUAUUAAAGGCCUCCAUGAAACACACAGAUGUGGUGUGUUUGAAUCCACAGGAACUCUGGAUGAUCAGGCUUCUCCUGCAGGUGAACACACCAGAGCUGUGGGCUUUGAGACACGAUAUACAGAGCUGAUGGUCAUUGACCAGUACAGAAGAACCUACAACGAGACUCAUCAUGAACUUGAGAAGACUGGAAGGAUGCAUGCAGAGCUGCUAGAGGAACGGACAAAAGUGAAAUGCGAGCGAAUCUGGACUGAGCAGCUUUUUAGAAGGAAUCCAGGAAGUGAGACUUCCCCCAAUGUUGUGGUGGUCAGUGGGGUGGCUGGAAUUGGGAAGACCACCAUGGUGCAGAAGAUCAUGUUUGACUGGGCCAGAGGCACUCAGUACCAGAGGUUUGCAUUUGUGUUUCUGUUCAAAUUCAGGGAGCUCAACCUCCUAGACACAGAGACAGAGCCCCAGAUGUUUCUGACCAGGCUGAUUGUGAGGCACUACAAAUAUCUCAAUGAACCAAAACUAAGACAAAUCCUGAAGAAACCUGAAUCUCUGCUCUUUAUUCUUGAUGGUCUUGAUGAGUACAAACACAAAGUGGACUUCACAGAGGAACAGCUCUGCUCAGACCCAGAUGACUUCUUUCCUGUCCACAUCCUGGUCACCAGCCUGAUCAGAAGGACAUUACUGAAAGGCUGUUCAGUUUUGAUCACAACAAGACCAACCGCCCUGGAGUCCCUGGAGAUGGAGAAAAUUGAUCGGUUUGCAGAGAUCCUGGGGUUCUUCCCUGAGGAAAGGCUGAUGUACUUUAUGAAGUUCUUUGGUGACACUGAUCAAGGUAUUGAGGCGUUUCAGUAUGUGGAGGAAAAUGCCAUCCUGUACACCAUGUGUUUCAAUCCCUCGUACUGCUGGAUUAUCUGCUCUGUGCUGAAAAGCCACUUCAUAAAACAUGAAGAAGGGCGAGAAGCUGCCCCUAGAACUGUCACUGAGCUCUUUGUGAUGUUCCUUCACAAUAUCCUUACUAAUCACAAACGAGAAGCUGAAGGUCAACGGGGAAUUCUGGUCAAACUGGGAAAGAUGGCUUAUUAUGGAGUGGACAACAGGACUCUUGUGUUUUAUGACAAGAUGGAGAUGUCCACCUUUGGUCUCCAGAAAGUUAUCUUAUCUACUCCAUUCCUUUCAGGUUUCCUCAAAGAAAUCCUUCAGAGAGAAAGCACUCUGGAGCACACAACAUACACAUUUUUCCACCUCACCCUUCAGGAGUUCAUGGCCGCCUGCUCCUUCUAUCUUGAUCCAUCAGGGGACAUCGAGGAGCUGCUAAAGAAGCUGGACUCAUGUAAAGAUGGCCGGUUUGAGAUUCUCACUCGAUUCCUGGCAGGACUGGCCAGGUCUUCUGUAUUUAAAACACUGGGGGCAGUCCUGGGAGAGUUUGAGAGGAAGACGGCAAACCAGAUACUGGAGUGGGUGAAGAAAAAAGCUGAACAGGCGCUACGGGGUGAAGGUAAAAAUGAUGCUCUACGAGUGUGUCAGUGGCUCUAUGAGACUCAGAAUAAGAAAUUAAUUAGAGACGCCAUUGGGAAGGACUUAAAGAUACACUUUAGUGGAUCAACUUUAUCUCCUCUGGACUGUGCUGUGCUGGGCUCUGUCAUCAGCUGCUGUGGAGAACUUGGGGAGCUCAACCUGUCAAACACAGAGCUCACCUAUGAGUGCAUCAGGAGACUGGAGCCAGGGCUCAUCUGCUGUAGACAUGUGAACCUGUGGGCAUGUCAUCUCAGUUCCAAGUGUUGUCCAACUCUCUCCUCUGUCCUUUCUUCCUCAAAAUCACAACUAACUGAACUGGACCUGAGUGACAACAAGAAAAUGGAGGAUUCAGGCCUGAAUCAACUGUGUGAGGGGCUGAGAAGUGGAAACUGCAAAUUAAAAAAACUGAGGCUGUCUGAUUGUCUUCUCACCUCCAGAUGUUGCUCAGCUCUCUCCUCAGUCCUCUCUUGUGCACACUCAAAACUGACUGAACUGGACCUGAGCAGAAACAAAAACCUGGAGGAUUCAGGAGUGGCUCAGCUGUGUGAGGGGCUGAGGAGUGAAAACUGCAAAUUAGAGAAACUGAGCCUGUCCUUAUGUGAUCUCACCUCCACAUGUUGCUCUGGUCUUUCCUCAGCCCUUUCUUCUCCACACUCACGACUGACUGAACUGGACCUGAGUGACAACAACAUGGAGGAUUCAGGAGUGGAUCAGCUGUGUGAGGGGCUGAGGAGUGAAAAUUGCAAAUUAGAGAAACUGAACCUAUCCUACUGUGACCUCACCUCAGAAUGUUGCUCAGCUCUCUCCUCAGUUCUUUCUUCUCCAAACUCACAAGUGACUGAACUGAACCUGAGUGAGAACAGCCUUGAGGAUCUGGCAGUGGAUCAGCUGUGUGAGGGGCUGAGGAGUGAAAACUGCAAAUUACAAACACUAUGGCUAUUUGGGAAUGAUAUCAGUGCAACUAAGAAGAAGAACCUUACGUCACUGCAGGAGGAGCUGAGCAGGUCUGGACGGCAGGUGGAUAUCAUCAUAAAAGAAGAGAAGAUAUGGGGAUCAUCUGAGUGAGGGCAGUCCCUGUCCACUCCCUCUAAAUUCCUCCCUUAAUUCUUUUAUAAUAUUGUCAUCUCUGCUCAGUAAUAAAGUCUUCAUGUCUGCUUUUCA